AUGGAUCCAACAUCAUCUGGAUUGGUGGCAGUGAUUACUGUUUUGAUCAUUAUAAUUUCGAUAAUCGUUUUCAAGAUGUAUUUGAGAGAGACUGAUUUUGAAAAGGCUUAUGGCGAAAGUGCUCUUCGUUUAUUUGCCGAAGAUCGUACUACCAAACCAAAGCAUAAAAACAGAAAUAAAGUAAAGAGUACUGAAAAGAAAAAAGAUUUACAUGUGGAAAAGAAGGAGAACCGUGUUGAAAUGGAGAAGAAAAAAGUUUUACAUAUAGAAGGAAAGGAGGAUAAUGUUGAGGUCGAAAGGAGGAAAGAUUUACAUGUGGAAGGGAAGGAAAACUGCGUCGAAGUUGAGGAGAAGAAAGAUCUACAGGAAGAAGUGAAGGAAACUUGCGUUGGAGUUCAGAAAAAGAAAGACGUACAUGUAGAAGGAAAGGAGAACCGUGUUGAAAUUGAGAAAGUAGAUGUACUUGUGGAAGGAAAGGGAAACCGUAUUGAAGUUGAAAGAAAAAAAGGUGUCCAUUUAAAAGGGAAAGAAUGUGGUGAAGUUGAAAGGAAGGAAGACGUACUUGUAGAAGGAAAGGGAAACAGUAUUGAAGUUGAAAAAAAGAAAGGUGUCCAUGUAAAAGGGAAAGAAAACCGUAGUGAAGUUGAGAAGGAAGAUGUGCCUGUGGAAGGAAAAGGGAACCGUAUUGAAGUUGAAAAGAAGAAAGCUGUCCAUGUAAAAGGGAAAGAAAACCGUGUUGAAGUUGAGAAAAAAAGGGAUUUACUUGUAGAAGUAAAGGGAAAUCGUACUGAGGUGAGUAAUUUCUUUUAUUGUGUUCAAAAUGUUAUUUUUGUGAGAUUUUUUGAAUAUUUAUGUAUUUUUUUUAUUAAUAUUUAUAGUAUUUUAUUUAUGUAUUUGUAA